UUCAACUAUGGAAGCAGAAAGUUUUGGAGAGCUUGGAGUGUCGGGUCCCAUGGGAGACAGUUCAGAAGAGUCUGACGAUCUGGAUGAAUGUGACAGUUAUGGUUAUGAGGCUAUAGACAGAUCUUGCAAAAUUAUUUAUGCAGAUCAACCCAAUCCUCUACAGUCUACACCAAGGGUGCAAAUAUGGUUAGGUGGACCAGACCCUCUUGACUUUAUCCGCAUAUAUUCUAAUGAAGGAGAUUUGUCCAAGAACAUUCCACCCCACUGGCACUUCAUCACUUUCGGCUUCAGUGAUUUGUAUGGCGAUGGAAGAGUUCACCGGCGAGAAGAGCGUGGGGAACCUAGUGGCUUUGGGUUUGAGCUGACACUGCGUGUACAGAGGAAAGUUGAGGAUACUGUGCCGCCAGACUGGGCCCCUUCUCUCAUCAACAAGCUGGCUCGAUAUGUCUUCCACACGGGGAAUGUGUUGCAUGUUGGAGACCACGUCCCAUGGCACAAGCCCCUGAAUGGGGAGAGCUCCUGCAGGAUACAGCAUAUGCUGGUGGCAGAGGACCCUCAGCUGCUCGACCUAGACACACCGUACGGCACCGUCGAGUUCAGACAGUUGGUUGGUGUCAUGGAUGAGGAGAUCAAGGCAGCACAGAAGUGGAAGGGAGCUGGCAUGUUGCAGCUGCUCAAAGACUCACCAGAUGUUGGCCCAUUCUUCGUAACUGACAUGUCACGUAAGGAGUCCCUGUUUGAGAAGAAUCCCAGUUUACAGGCGAUGGUGAUGGAUGGGAUAGAGAAAGAUGGGUCUAAUAUGGGCCAUGUCACCCGCCGUAUUCACAUGGAGGCUGUUAGAGUUUUUAGAAAAGGAGAGUCGCGUGAUGUCACACCUAAGAGACGUAUCAAGAUGAAGGAGACAGGAGCCACACCUGCAGAUAACAACAAUGACAAUAAGGAGAACAUAGUCCGGGAUGAGGACUCAGACCAGGAGGACGACCAGCAUGUGGAGCCAAUCCAGGAUGUCCAGUUGUGUUUUGAUGCAGAGGCUGCUGAGCUGCUGCCUAUGGUGGUCAAAGCUAGAUUAAAGAAGGGAAGAUUUUUCAUCUUCCGCAGUGCAGACAAUCAUGCGGUCCACCUGGUCCCAUCCACACAUGAUGAGAGUGUGUUGGUUAAUGAUGUCCAGCCCAUGAAGGCUGUAGGCACGGAUUUACAGAUCUUUUGCACCCAAGCCCUUAUCGAAGAAAUGUCGGAAGCUUUGGACGAACUCCAAACUGUGGAUGAGGACAUAUCCAGAUAUCCAAAGAUAUUUAAGUUUUCCAGUCCUUCAGUGCAGGUGGCUGUGUACCCUAGGGGUCAACUGUCCAUGCCAAGGAAGGACAGUCCAUCAAAGUAACUCUUGUCAGAACACCCAUUCUGCGUACAGCAGCUCCAGUUAAAUGGCAGCAGUGUGUGGAGGCCUAGUAGAGGAAGUGAUUGCUAAUCUUGCUGAGAGUACAGGUUUGAUACUGCACAUGGGUAUUAUUCAUUAUGGCCCAUUUCCUGACACAUUAACAGUACUGGUAAAAACAGCAUAAAACCUUGCUUCACCUGAUGAAGGCCUGAUUGUCCAACAUCCAUCUUUUCUCUCCACAGAGACCUCUGAACCAAUGAAGCUGAAACUUCGCUAUUUGUUUCCGACAGUGAAGAAUUUGUUCAAGAAGUUUUUAAUAUGUUCACCACAACAGACAUAAAGAAUCAUCAGGCUAUGUCUGUGGUCAUUACUUUGCUGUUUUCAGACAUAUUUGUUUAGUUUGUUGUUGAAUUUGACUCACGUUCUGUUAAUAUAUAUAUCAAUGCAUGGUUUUCCCUGUUCAUGGAUAGUGUUUACAAGAUGUCAGUAAUAUAGUCUCUGCGACUGGUGGAAGACUGUUUUGCAUAUUAUUGAAUGUUUUUAAAGGUUCAUAUAUAAAUCAAGUAAUUAUUAUUGGUCAGUUCACUACCUGUCAGUAACAUAUUAAUUAUUUCUGUGAUAUGUUUUGAACAAAAUAUAUCGGACCUCAUGUGUUGCUUAAGUUCAAAAAUAAUAAGUAUUUCUGGGUUAAUGUUUUGUGAUGUGAAAUAAUACUUACCAUUUGGAACCAACUGAUUAAUGAUAAUGUGUCAACUGAGACAUCUGAAGUGUUUUCCUACCAGUGCUGUGGAAGUGACACAUGUAAUAAUCACAGUAUGUACAGAGGAGCACCAAGAAUCUGUAGUUCAGGCAGCAUCAACAGUUUUAACAUGGAAGAUACUUAACCAAAUAUGUGUAUGGUUCUAUUUGAGAUUUUCAGAUGUAGUCCAUCUUGUAAUGUGCAAUGUUUUAUUCAUACAUUCCAUUUAAUGUUUGGCGUGUGUCAUCACGCUGGGAUGUUGGACUCAGACCAAGGGUCUUGUGGUGGAUUGUGAAAUCUCUUUGUCCAUAAUAUCAACAAGGACAACUGCAUGGUAGAUUUUAGAUUUGCCUAUGAAAAUAAUUGCUGUUGAUAAUUAGGGUCUGUACACUAAACAGACAGAAUAUUGUGUUUAAUAUUGUUACAAUAUGUAAGUGUAGACAUUGGGUAUAUGGUUGCAGGUCUGAGAAUAUGUCACAAACGUCUUACCACAGACCUCUACAUAAACUGUGGAACCAUGGUGAUAAGACACAGGCAUUUCAGUGGACAUAUCCUUGGUUCAGUCCUGUCCUGUUUAUAGACAUUUCAACUGGUCAUUGCUCAGGAAGCUGUAUUUCCAUCAGAGCUUGAAUGUAUGAAAAUAUUUUAGUCAUAAUUGUACAGGGUUUAAAUUGUUAUACCUUUGUUUGAUCUCCUCCUUCCUCAAUAUUUUGCAAUGGCCAUUCCCAUGCUGCCAGCGUGCUGUGACUGCCCUUUGUGCUACACUAUGCAAACUGUGCUGUGAUAUCAUCCGUUAAUAACAGGGUAUUUAGGCUUUCAUUGUUUAUAGAUAUGUGAAUAUUUAUCUUUGUUUGUUUGUAUUUGCAUCUGAUCUCAUAAGUCUUGUGUCCUGCUUGUGCCUUGCCAUAUCCUUGUCUUGUUUAGUUGUCAUUAAAGCACUGCUGAUAGAUGAGAGGUUGUCAUCUAGGCGGCAUGUGGUCCAGUGUACAACUUACAGGUCACAAAGCGGGUGAAGUUGUUCACAGAGAGUUGUUGGCAGCUUGACUCCUGAGAGUUUCUUUGGCUUCAGUCCGGCUCAACACUGAAGUGGUGUCUCCUCAGGCAAGUAAUUUCAAAUUACUGUCCGUUUGAUUUCAUUUGAGACGGAUGAAUUGCUCACUAACACAAAAUCUAAUAAUUGCAACAAAACCAAAUUUUGCACAGUCACAUGAAAUCGACAGACCAACUCUGAUUAUUUGUCUCAAAAGUUAAAACACCCGAAUAAAAAAGUUGUCUAACAAAUGACCAUUAUUUUGUUGUCAUUUUUCGCUAUAUUUUACGAGGGGGUACCAUUUGCAGGUAUAACAGCCAGGUGUGUGUGUUGCAUGUGUGAAAUUGAAAUUUCACUACACAUGCUUGUUGAUUACCUGGCUGUUCUACCAGCAAGUGGUUACCCCUCGUAAAAAAUAGACAACAAAGUAAUAAUUGUUUGUUAAACAAUUUUUUUGUUCGGGUGUCCAAAAUUAUGGGACAAAUCAUCAGAGUUGGUCUGUCGAUUUCAUGUGACUGCAAAAUGUGGUUUUGAUGCAAUUAUUAGAUUUUGUGCUAGUGAGCAAUUCAUCGGCCUCAAAUGAAAUCAAACGGACUGUAGCCUGAUCACCCAACACUGAAUGGGCCCCCAGAGAUGGUCAUGUGACUGAAACUUAAUGCACCUCACAGGCAUCUUGGGCUGUAUACUCCCCAGGGUGAUGCACACUGAUUGUUGAUAUUUAUUACACACAGAGACACACAGGCAUGCACACAGGCACAGACAGACAGACAAACAGAGAAACACACAGAGACAUGCACUAAUACACAUACACAGACAGAAAUGCACACACUCAGACCCACACACUCCCACAGGCACGCACGCAUGCACACACACACACACACACACACACAUUCAUUUUUUGGUAGAUGUGCAGUGGACAGGUGGUUUUAGUGGAGAGUAUGUGUCCUAACAAUAUCAGACAUAAGGUUUUGUGGUGUAGCAUACUAGUACUAGUCAACUCUUCUCAUUGAUUUACCUAUCUGUGUUUUAAUAUCAACAUGCCACCCCAUAUGUGUCCAUAUUUAGCUUUAGGCUGUAUGGGAGAGAGUGUACUAGGGCUUGUUUGCUGCUUUGUGACAAAUUGUUGGAACCUUUAUAAUCUUUGUUGGAACCUUUGUAAGAUUAGUGAUUGGUAAUGUAAUAAUGCAUAUGAACAUGCUCUCAUGAUCAAAAGGUGAGAUAUGCACAAAACUCCUUUAUAGAACUAGAGAUCUGACACUAUGCUCUUCUUAUGCAUGAUACCAGUCCGUAAUAUUUAACCAGCCAAAGGUCUUUUGGAUUUACAUAUAAUUUAUAGAAGAAUGGCACUCUGCUUCUGAGACAGUUGGCUGCUUGCUACAUUCCUUAUACAAAUAUGCCUUAUGCCUUAGAGGAAUGGGUGGUUGGACCAAAUACAAUAAUACCAAAUGUCUUGUCAUGAUCAUAUCAACAUAUGGGGUUGUGUCAUAAUUUUACACCUCAUGCCGAACUUCAGGGUAUGUGUUUAUAAUCUCAUACCUCAUGCCUAACUUCAGGGUAUGUGUUUAUAAUCUCAUACCUCAUGCCUAACUUCAGGGUAUGUGUUUAUAAUCUCAUACCUCAUGCCUAACUUCAGGGUAUGUGUUUAUAAUCUCAUACCUCAUGCCUAACUUCAGGGUAUGUGUUUAUAAUAUUACACCUCAUGUGUGUGUGUUAUAUUCAUACAUCUCAUACAUGAUGUCUGGGUACAUGUCAUAAUGAUAUACCUCAUACCUAGCUUUACAUCCUGCCCAGUACCUGGGUUUGGGUCACAAUCUUUAACACUACUUUGCUCCAAGUAUGAUAUCUUGUUGUAAUUACAAACUAAAAGGUUACUGAUGGCCAUUCAAACCUAUAACAUAGUAACAUUGUUUUCCCUUUUAUUUAUUUCCUAUCACUGUCUUUUCUUGUUAGUUUUGGAUAGGGACAUUAAAUAUGUUUUCUCUCGACUAUCAUAUUGCUAUUCUUGAUUGCUCAACAUUCUGCUGAACCCCUGUGUGAACAAUGGGCUUCCCUUAAAGAUGAAAAAGGUUAUCACUAUUAUGUCUCUUGCAUUGUUCCAACUGACUGGUGUACAGAGUAGCGUGUUAUUUGCUAUGCCAGAAUCUGCUGGUCAAAUCGUAGAUAACCUCUUUGUUGAUAGUUAGUUGGCCAGCACCAUAUGCAUAUUCAUGGGUUUCAACAAGUUGUAAACCCCCAUGACUUGUAUGACUCUCUCCAGCUAACCAUAUUAAUUACAAUGUCAUCUAUAUUCAGCAUAACAGCAGCAGUUACAUCAGUACCUCAGGAAUAUAUUUUGAGGCUGAUACUUGGUCACAUGCAGCAACAAUUCCCAAUCUGAAUUAAAAAUGUCCUAUAUUCUUAUAAAAAGGAACAUUAAAAACAUUUGGAAUCCUAGAUAUAUCCCUGUACUCAGUAAAGUAUUUUUUCUAUGAUCCAAUGUCGGUAUGCUUCCAUCCAUAUUAUAUUUGUUCAUGGUUCUGCUGUGAUGCAUUACCAUUGCUUGUUAAUGAAUUGGCAGCUUGUUAAGCUUGUUUUAUAACUCAUAUGUUGUCAUGGUGUUUGAGUUUUUCUCAUGUUAUUUGGACAUAAUGAAUGUUAAUUAUGCGAAUGCAAACAUAAUACAUAAUCCUAUUUUCUAAUUGUAUUUUAAGAGUUUAUAUGACAUUCAAGGAAAUAAACCUAUUGUUUGACAUUA